AAAAGUUGCACUCCAUUUAAACUUGGAAACAUAUUGUUGUUCUAUUCUCGCCAUUUUGUCUAAAUUCUGAAAUAGCACAGUGGGAAUACCUUCACGGGAAGGGCUAUAUCACCACUUUCUCAAGGGAAAUUAGAGAUGGGCAACAGAUUCUAGCUUUGACUAUGACAUAAAAUAGUCAUAGAGUGAUACAGUGUGGAAACAGGCCCUUCGGCCAAAUUUGCCCACACCGGCCAACAAUGUCCCAGCUGCACUAGUCCUACCUGCCUGUACUUGGUCCAUAUCUCUCCAAACCUGUCCUAUCCAUGUACCUGUCUAACUGUUUCUUAAAAGAUGGGAUAAUCCCAGCCUCAACUCCUCCUCUGGGCUUGUUCCAUACACCCACCACCCUUUGUGCGAAAAAGGUACCCCUUGGAUUCCUAUUAAAUCCUUUCCCCUUCACCAGGAAUCUAUGUCCUCUGGUCCAUGAUUCCGCCACUCUGGGCAAAAUACUCUGUGCAUCUAUCUGAUUUACUCCUCUCUUGAUUUUGUACACCUCUAUAGGAUCUCCCCUCAUCCUCCUGCGCUCCAGGGAAUAGAGACCCAGCCUACUCAACCUCUCCCUAUAGCUCACACUCUAGUCCUGGCAACAUCCUCGUAAAUCUUUUCUGAACCCUUUCAAGCUUGAAAAUAUCGUUCCUAUAACAUAGUGCCCAGAACUGAACACAAUAUUCUAAAUGCGGUCUCACCAACGUCAUUUACAACUGCAACAUGACCUCCCAACUUCUAUACUCAUAAAUGAAUCUUGAAAAUUAAUAAAAUAAAUCUUCAACACAGCCAUAACCUCUGUGAAAGAAGGGAUUCCAUAUACAUCUUUACUGGCCUUAUUUACCUCUGCCAACAAGCAAAUGAUAAUGAUGGAUGGAUGUUUUAAUAACUGGAAACUUGAUGGAGUGGGGUUCCACAGGGCUUUACAUGAUAUAUAGAAUUGAUUUUGUUUCAAUGUGGGGACCAUGAUUAAGAAUUAGCAAGGUUUUCGGAGGGGAGCAAGGGACACAACAGUGAAGUCAUAGAAUCACACCGCACAGGAAUAGGCCCUUUGGCCCACUCAGUCCAUACCAACUUUGAAGCACUCAUUACACUACAAUAAAUGGGAAGCUACGAAGAGUCAAAAAGCAGAGAUAUCUUGAAGUGCGUAACCACACAUCCUGGGAGAGUUAAAUAAGUUAGUUAGGAAUGUGCGGAAUUCUUGCAUUUCUAUGCAGAGUCAUGGACUGUAAUAGCAAGGGGUUCAUGCUAAAAUGAAACACUGGACUGGCUGAGUACAGUGUGCACAUCAGAUCAUCCGAGAAUAGCGAAAAUGUGACAGUGCAAGAAAUGAUUAAUUUGGGAUUUGUGAAGAUGACACAAAGGCUAGGGAAUUUUAGUUAUGACGAUGAUUUGCUAGGCUUGGUUUGUUUUCUGUGGAACAAAUAAUGGUGAGGAAAGAUUUAGUCUAGGAAUGUAGAAUGAUGAAGUGCCAAAAUAUGAUGAACGGGAACGAUCCAUUUCCAUUUGGAGAGAGGCAAAUAAUUGAGUGAUAUAGAUUUAAGAUAGGUUUCAAAGGAUUAGACCUGGAACUGAGAAAGAGUGUGUGGCAUCUAGAACCUCUUGCUUGAAAGAGCAAUGAAGGCAGAACUUCGCACCAUGCUCUAAAAAAAUCUGGAUACGCCCUUGAACUUCCAAAAGUUACAUGCCAAUGGACUGAAAAUUGGAGAGUGGUUUCAGCCACAUAGUUACUUUAUUAGACCAAAGUGACCUAUUUUUGUGCUAUUAAUUUGAUUCCUUGCCUUAUCUGCAAGAAUAUGUCAAAAUAAAAACAACAUGGAGUUAUAGAGUGAUACAGUGUGGAAACAGGCCCUUUGGCCCAACUUGCCCACACCGGCCAACAUGUCCCAUCUUCACUAGUCCCACCUGCUCGCCUUUGGCCCAUAUCCCUCCAAACCUGUCCUAUCCAUGUUAGACAUAAAAUGCUGGAGUAACUGGGCAGGACAGGCAGCACCUCUGGAUAGAAGGAAUGGGUGACGUUUCGGGUCGCAAAAUUUCAGACCUUCUUCAGUUCUACAGAUCUAUCUAACUGUUUUUAAAUGUUGGGAUAUCCCUACCUCAACCACCUCCUCUGGCAGUUUGUUUCAUACACCCCCAAUAAGUUAACUCCUCAGAUUCCUAUUAAAUCUUUCCCCCUUCACCUUCAACCUAUGCCCUCUUGACCUCGAUUCGCCUACUCUGGGCAAGAGACUCUGUGCAUCGACACGAUAUAUUCCUCUCAUGCAAUCUCUUAAAUUAGAAGAUGCCAAAAAUAAUCAUGCAGUUUUUAAAAGUAUUGUGGCAAAAGUGUGAGAUAUUGUUGAGGCAAAGGCUGCUGCAGAUACAGCUUGCUUUGGUGGCUAUCAAUGCUGCAUUUCACCACAGGCUUACCUCAUCUAUUCCGAGAAGUGGAUUAAUUCCAGGAAACACUUCAGUAUUAUGGCCCAACCUCUUUAGUCAAAGAGACUAAUAAGUAAACCAAGAAGCAAAUCUGCAACACAUUUUCCACCCGUAAACAGUGUCUAAUUUAUUACCAUCGAAACAUUUGGUCAGGCCUACUUAAGACUCAGUGGAUGAUAUGUGUUACCAGAACCAUGGGUAUGAGUUUGCAAAUCAGAGAAUAAUAUUGAAUAGCACAAUGCUGUAUCUCAAAAACAUGCCUAAUGUGACACCGAAUAUUUCUCAGACUCAGUCCUAAUGUUUCGAAUUUCAUGGGAAUCUCUUGAUUUGAUUACUGUACUGUAGUUUAACUUGCUCAGCAGUCACUGUUAUGGAAGGAACAGGGUCUCCACCCGAAACGUCACCCAUUCCUUCUCUCCAUAGAUGCUGCCUGUCCUGCUAAGUUACUCCAGCUUUUUGUGUCUAUGGAGGGUUUACUAUGUUGCGUACAAAUACUGGGGUGAAAAGAGACCAAACAAUUUCGUUUUACUUCUGGUUCAUUUAAAAAUGUUGUGCGUGUGUGUGUCUAAUUUAUAUCCCUUUCUGUCGAUGAAUCUAAUCGUUGCCUCUUCAUUGACUUUGAAUAAAUGCUUUCUCUGAUAAGUUUUAUGCCUCGCGUUUUAUGCCGCUACCAAAUUCACCAGCACAGCAACGUGCAUCACAGAUUCAAUGUUUGUGAAAUAUUUUGGUUGUCCACCUAUCGUGCCGUUUCCUUGUUUAUUUACGAUAAAGCCGGGUUCCUGGUCUGCAACGUCGGGGGCUGCUGUCCGUUGAUGGAGCUAAAAGCAAGUGGGUCUGCAGCUGACCAUCGCUUCAGUUUGCAAGAGGAGGAGGAGGAAGAAAGGGAAUGGUGUUGCACCAUUGAAAACAGUAAUAGCAACCCUCUGAGUCCUGCAGCAGCAAGUCGUGAAUUGACAGGUGAUUGUGAUAAUCAGGCCUUUCAAGACCCUGAUAUCCUGGGAUUCAAGGUAAUUGUGCACAUUGAUCUGGAUUGCUACUAUGCCCAGGUGGAAACAUUGAGACACCCUGAAUACAGAGGAAUGCCUUUAGCUGUUCAUCAAAAACAUCUGGUGGUCACUUGUAAUUAUGAAGCCAGGAAGUAUGGGGUAAAUAAAAUAAUGUCAGUCAGCGUAGCCAAGGACAGGUGCCCCCAAUUGAUCCUUAUCUGCGGAGAAGACUUGACACCCUACAGGGACAUAUCAUACAAAAUCACAGAAUUACUGGAAGAGUUCAGUCCACUCGUGGAAAGACUGGGUUUUGAUGAAAAUUUUAUCGACAUAACUGAUCUAGUGGAGAAGAGAUUGCAGCAGAUUGGAAGUGGUGUUGUCCCUGCGGAUUUUUCUGUGUCAGGUCAUGUGUACAGUAACCAGGCAUUAAAUAAGGCUGAUGGAAAACAUGUUCGGUUGGCUCUCGGAUCAAAAAUUGGAGCCGAAAUGAGAACAGCGAUAUGCGAUAGAAUCGGUCUCACCAGUAGUGCAGGAAUCGCAUCAAAUAAAUUGUUGGCCAAACUGGUGUCAGGGACAUUUAAACCCAACCAACAAACAACAUUGUUUCCAGAAAGCAUUCAAGACCGUAUGGGGAACCUUCUGCAGCUCAAACAAGUACCCGGGAUUGGCCCGAAAACAGUCAAGCGACUUGAGUAUUUUGGAAUUCACACCAUUCAUGCCCUGCAAACCUUUCCAUUGGAUCUGCUGGAGAAGGAUCUGGGAGUGAUCACAGCUCAACGGAUACACAAGCUCAGCUUUGGAGAGGAUGACUGUCCUGUUACCCCAAGAGGUCCACCCCAGUCCCUCAGUAAUGAAGAUUCCUUCAGGAAAUGCACCUCAUUAGUUGAAAUCAGAAUGAAGCUUGAAGAACUGCUGAUUAGCCUUCUAAUCAGAUUGCGGAAAGACGGGCGUGUUCCACGGACCAUAAGGUUAAGCAUUAGACGCUCCUCGGCUUCUAACAGAUGGUUCAACCGGGAGAGUCGACAGUGCCCUGUUCCAAACCAACUAAUGCAGAAACUUAACACAGGUGCCUGUGAACUUGUGACUCCACUGGUUGAUAUCCUAAUGAGGCUUUUUCAAAAGAUGGUGGACACCAAAUGUCAGUUCUUCAUAAGCCUUUUGAAUGUUUGUUUUUCUAAUCUUAUUCAGUCCACAAUGUCUUCUCCUCUCAGAGGAUCAAUUGGAUUCUAUUUAACACAGAAAUCACCUGGAAAAUUAGACACAAGUCCAAAGGUAAAAGCAAGUAGACAACUUCUCAGUCAAAGGAAAGGGUCUGAUGAUGUUGAUUUAGCAGACACUGCAAGUCCACUGAAAAAGACUAGAAAUCACCUGGAGUCUGCUUCCGUGAAUACAGAAGAUGCCAUUGCUAUUGAUCCAACUCAGAAAUUAUCAAAUACUAAUCUACCUCCUGAGAUUGACUUUAAUGUAUUUAAAGAACUCCCAAUUAAUAUCCAGAAGGAAAUUAUAACAGAUGCCAGCACUUCACAGGAACAGAUGAAAUAUCACAGAUCCCACAUUCCGGGUAUUGAGAAAGCACUUUGUAAAAGUAAUUUUACCUUCAGGUCACCAACAGAGGAUCAGAGGAAAUAUUUGGCAACCCCAGACCCUGAGAGCAAUCCAGCCAUUUUUAGUGCAAUUAAUGGUCCUGGUGCGGAAUUUUCCAAAAGGACAUCAGUCAAUCUUGGAACCCAGUUAGAGAUCAGUCAAUCUUGGAACCCAGUGUGUGCCCUUAAUGAUACGUCAACUAAUGUGCCAGACCUUCAUUCUCCAGGUGAAGUUUUACAAUCUGCUAAGAAAGGUCCUGAUGCACCCACCGAUCAAAAUUCCCAGCCAUUCCCCACCAAUGUGGAUGUCAAGGUGUUUUCAGAAUUACCUGCUGAACUUCAGAAAGAACUGCUGACAGACUGGAAGCGACAGAGGACAGUGUUGAAGGUACAUGUUGCUAAACGAGGCAAGAAAGUCAAAUCCAGCACAGGGGCAAGACACCCUCAAAACUCUCCAAAAUCCAACAGUAUUCUGAAGUACUUUAGCAAAAGGUAGAACACGGGCGUGAUUAAAAGGUGUACCGCGC